CUAAUCACGAACUUGCCCGUUUGUCGCUUUACCGUCUGGAGUAAUUUCGACGUUCUUGGAAAUUCCGAACUCCUCCUUCCGCUCUAUCGUUUCGUGGUUGCGAACGUCGCGAGGGCCAAGCAACCCACAGAACAGCACGGGGAACAUUAGGUAUAUCACUGUCAGUCCACCUUUCCGGUCUUGUCCUGCCUUUUGCCCGUGUGCAUCCUCCGCUCGUGUUUGGUGUGAGGGCUUCCGGUUCUAUCUCCAACGGGUCGGCUUUCGUUUCGACGUCCAUCCGAAAGAGUAUAACAGUGCCGAGCGCAAACCGCAUCCUUCGCCCAAAGCGUUUUGAUUGAUUGUGAUAGCCACUUGCGCGAGACAAAAACAGACCGCAUUUCUCGUCGAUCGGUGUGUUUCCGUUUGCAAGCCUUGUUUAUAGGGUAGCGUCCACUUUCAGCAAUCCAAAACCCCGAGUACAGAAGGCCGUAGCCGUAGCGUCCCCUUCCGUAGGACUUUGAUCCAGCAGCACAGAACUACCUCACUAUUCACCAUGGGCGACAAUAAAGAUGAACUCGACCAGCAGAUUGAAAUGUUCAAGGUCAAAAAGCUCAUGAAGAAUUUAGAAGCCGCACGCGGAAACGGAACGUCCAUGAUUUCCUUGAUUAUUCCCCCGGGAGACCAGAUUUCCCGGGUGAACAAGAUGCUUUCCGACGAGUACGGGACGGCCUCCAACAUCAAGUCGCGAGUCAAUCGGUUGUCGGUACUCUCCGCCAUUACCAGCACACAGCAGCGUCUGAAGCUUUACAACAAGUGUCCCAAAAAUGGACUCGUAAUUUACUGUGGAACAGUGAUUACUGAGGAUGGGAAAGAACGUAAGGUCAAUAUAGACUUUGAACCUUUUAAACCCAUCAACACCUCACUUUACCUCUGUGACAACAAGUUUCACACGGAGGACCUUCAGGAGUUGUUGAUGGACGACGAAGCAUUUGGCUUUCUUGUAAUGGACGGUAACGGCUGUCUUUACGGAACCGUACAGGGCUCGAAUCGUGAAAUUCUACACAAGUUUAGUGUAGAUUUGCCCAAAAAGCACGGACGCGGUGGACAGUCCGCCUUGCGUUUUGCUCGUUUGCGUCUGGAAAAGCGACACAACUACGUCCGCAAAGUGGCGGAACUAGCCACACAACUUUUUGUAACGGAUGGACAGAGACCUAACGUACAAGGUCUCGUUUUAGCGGGUUCGGCUGAUUUCAAGAGUGAGCUGAUGCGCAGUGACUUGUUCGAUCAGCGGCUAUCCAAGAUCGUAGUCAAGAUGGUGGAUGUUUCGUACGGCGGUGAGCAAGGCUUUAACCAAGCUAUUGAAAUGUCCGCCGACGCGCUGGCCAACGUCAAGCUAAUGAAGGAAAAGAAACUUUUACAAAAGUAUAUGGACGAAAUCAGCCAGGAUACCGGAAAGUUUUGUUUCAUGGUAGAGGACACACUCAAGGCCUUGGAUCUUGGUGCUGUGGAAGACCUGAUUAUUUGGGACAACUUAGAGGUGAUGCGAUACGUUCUGCGGAAUCAGACAACGGGCGAAGAGAAGGUGAUCCAUUUGACCCAAGAGCAAGAGAGUGACGAUUCCCACUUUCGAGAUUCCGAAACAGGAACGGAAUUGGAGACGGUGGAAAAGGAAACGUUUGUGGAGUGGAUGGCGAACAACUAUAAGAGCUUUGGUUGUAAUCUGGAAUUCGUGACUGACCGUUCCGGCGAAGGAACUCAAUUUGUGAAAGGCUUUGGAGGGAUCGGUGGGAUUCUGCGAUGGAAGGUUGAUUUCGUUGAGCUGAACAACUUUGAAGAGGCUAACCAGCUCGACGCGGAAUCCAACGAAGACGAUGCUUCCGACCAGGAAUCUGAAUAUGGCUUUGACGACGGUGACUUUGGAUUCUAAGCUUUUUCGCGCGUAUUUAAGUUAACUUCGUCUUUGUAGCA